AUGUACGUCAUUGCCGGAAUUACCGAAAAAGGCGAGCUUAUUUGCUCGGGCGUGGUUGUCGCUACCGGUGAUGAUGGUACCACUGUGAAGCCAGUCCACCAUGUUCCCUCUGUACAUAAAUUCGAAGCUGAAGACUGGUCUGGUGAGCAUGCAGAGCAUCAUCAGGAGCAGGAAGCUCGUCGAGUUUCUUUCACAGCAGGACCUGCAGAAGGAGAUACGCCUUCUGCGGGUGCGCACGACGAGGACACGCCUAUUGCAAGCAGCGCGCAGUUCGAACGCAAUCGCAGCGCCUCACUGGCCGAGGCUUUACAACACAUCGAUCCGAAAGGCGUUCCGCAGGUUGGCUUUUUUCAUCCGUCCAGUUCGAUCCCGAUAUUGGAAGCAGAAGAAAGUGGAGAAGCCGCUUCUGGAACUUCUGGAGCUAGCCAACCCUUCUCCACUCCCGCAAGCACAACUGAAUCCACAACAAAACCCUCCACUGAGCCCAAAACUGAAACUGCCACAUCGGAAGCAGGGUUUACCUCAGCAUCAGAUCUACCACCAAGUGGCGAAACUGAACGUCUGUUGACAAAUCUCCUAUUCACUCUACAUUCACUCAAAAUGGGCUCUCCAGACCGCCAUGCUGAAGCAGUGAACCGACUCAAAGAGUUGGAAGAAGAACUGCGAGCAGCCGGUGCUGUAACGCCAGCCGAUCCAGCUGUGGCCGAUGCUGUAGCUCGGGCACUUACAGCCGCUGGACCAGGCAGGGACAUUCAGAUACGUGUAAAUCAAAGCAGACAUACGACUACGACGAAAACAGUCUAUGAGACGGAAACACCCGGAAUGGUUGGUCUGGAUCCGGAGAAGAUUCGAGAGUUGCAUCAACAGAUGCUCAGCAGCUUGAGUAGGCAAAAUUCCUAA